UACUGCUCUUCUUUGUCAAAGUAAGAUGUGGUAUUAUAUAUGUACUAUACAUAAUUUCACUACCUCCAAUUCCCUCAGUUUUAUCACCAACUACCAAUGGGAUAAUACUGUCCUCAUCAGUGGAGUCUGAGAAUGGACAUGUGACAGUGUGUCCCGAUACAACCAUCACGUUCACCUGCUCAGACACUCUAGUCUUGGGUAUCAAAUGGUUUGCUCCACCUCUUCUCAAUGAAGACAACUCUCCUUCUCAGGGAUCAAUCUUUCCUGAUAUUGGAGAUCCUUGACAAGUGGAGGAUGUGUUCACUAUCACUCUAGUGGCCAGGGAACUGAUGAUGGGUGACUUUCGUGGCAACUUUACCUCCACUCUGGAUGUGGUGGUGAAUGAUAGAAUACAGAAUGAAACAAAUGUCACCUGUUAUACACUAUCUUCUGUGGCCUCUCUUCUCAUUUUCAAACAAGGUCUUCCAUUUCCUCCAGAUGUCAAUGUCAACAUAAGACAGAAGUCUGAUUUGUACUACCUGAUUAACACUAGCUCUGGAAUGAGAUAUAACCAAACAUCCACUGAACUCUGUCUGACAGCAGAGUAUAAUACUCCUCUACAAGUCUCAGUGGUGGCCGUGAAUUGUGCAGGGGAAACUGGCUGUGGUCCUCCCAGUCCACCAGUGAAUGGGAGUGUUGGUGAGUGGACCAGUUCCAGAGUAGGAGCACAGGUCACCUACUCCUGUGACACCCACCUGGUUCUGGUGGGAGAGACUGUGGCCACAUGCUCUCUCCCUUCUCUAACAUGGCUGCCUAGUAGUGAUGAUGUCACCUGUGUUCAACCACCAGUCGUAUUAACCAGCUCAAGUAUAGUGACCAGCAAAACUCCAGUGGCAACAGUUAUACUGAUCAUGCCACCAACGGCUGGCUGUGGUCCUCCCAGUCCACCAGUGAAUGGCAGUGUUGGUGAGUGGACCAGUUCCAGAGUAGGAGCACAGGUCACCUACUCCUGUGACACCCACCUGGUUCUGGUGGGAGAGACUGUGGCCACAUGCUCUCUCCCUUCUCUAACAUGGCUGCCUAGUAGCGAUGAUGUCACCUGUGUCCAACCAUCAGCUCCCUCAGUAUCAGUGACACUACCAACUAUGAAUGAAGAUGGCAAAAAGAGUUCUAGUGCAGCUCUGAGUACAGCAGAAGCAGUGGCCACAACAGGAGUAGUGUGUGUAGUGUGUAGCUUCACUGCUGGACUGCUACUUGGUGUUCUACUGACUCAUUGUCAUGGUCACUGUCAUAGGAAGGGGAAGAGAGGCCAGACUGAGAUACCUCCUGUUUAUGAGGACAUUCCCUUGGAGAAGACACCUCCCAUUGAACUCAACACCAAUGAGGCUUAUGGACAUAUUUCACACAACUAGUUUAUGUUACAUUAUAGCUGUACAAAGUAGCAUUAACUGAACCUUAACAUGUUUUUGAUGUUCUUUAUAGCAGUUAGCAUUGUGAC